AUGGUCCGUUUACAACCCGCAAAGGACUUCUACCUGAGCUUCAAGUUCGUCACCAGUUUUGCCUCACUGCUGAGGUGGUUGUAUCCACGAUUUGAAUACGCGGCUGCACUGACGAUCUUCUCACUAGUGAAUUUAGAUGAAGUCGUUAACUACCACUCUGGAACAAUUAUUGGAAGCUUCUAUUCUGCUCUAUUAACCAAAGACGAACCGAAAUUCUGGAAUUUGUUCUGGAAAGCGACACUCAUCUACUUUGGACAAUGUCUUCUUCUGGCGACAACCACGUUCGCUUGUUGGCUCUUGAACAUCGCUAUCAGAAAGAAUUUGGUCACGGCUCUUCAUAAAUACUACUACCGGAACAAUACAUAUCACAAAUUGAACUCUGUAGACAACAUAGGAAUUGAUAAUCCAGAUCAGCGUAUCACACAAGAUGCUGAACGUAUGUGCUCGAUGCUCUCAAAAAACAUUUAUCCCUAUGUUCUUAUUUGUCCAGGAGUGAUAGGUUUCUACACAUGGAAAACCUGGGCAACGGCUGGACCAUUUGGUGUUGGACUAAUUUAUGGUUACUUUAUUCUUGGUGUUAUUGCAAACCGCUUAAUUGUCUCGCCAAUAACGAAAUGGACGGCAAGAGCCGAGAAAUCCGAAGGAGAUUUUAGGUAUAAACACGUAACAGUGCGAAACAAUGCCGAAGAAUCAGCGUUUUAUCGUGCUGCCGAAUUCGAAAGAUUCCAGAGUGACCGCUUCCUCAACAAAGUGUUGAGCAGACAAUUGGCAAUUACCUUGUGGAGAUAUCCAGCCCAGUUUCUGCAGAACUUCUUUGAUUACUACGGCGCUGUGCUCAGUUAUGCCAUUCAGUUAUUCCCGAUCUUUGUUUUUCACACCUAUGACGAUAUGAGUCCUUCAGCACUGGCAAAACAAAUAAGUAAUAAUGCGUUCUACUUUAUUUAUCUUAUCAAUAGCUUUACUCGACUAACUGAUUUGGCAAUGAACAUCGGAGAAAUGGCAGGAUACUCUCAGAGGUACGCUUUGAGCACAUACACUAAGGUCGACCACCGUCCUGGUAUCAAACUAGUCGCAUUUCCGACAGCCUGUGGUGGUGACGACCUGGGGCAGACUUUGGCUAAGCUACCUAGGGAAUCCAGGGAAACAAUAGUUUUAGGUCUCACUCUUCGCGUUCCUAAAAGCAAAACACUCUUGAUUACCGGCACUAGUGGUGUGGGAAAGACAUCACUCCUAAGGAUAUUGAAAAAGAAUUUCACGCACGACAACACCAUGUUCCUUCCUCAGCGACCAUACUUUCCUACGGGCCAAUUGUCUUUGAGACAGCAAAUCCUCUUUCCUCGAAUAGAAAGUGAAGAGUCGACGAUAGAUGACAACAAAAUUCUGGAUAUUUUACAAUCUCUGAAACUCGGGUCACUCGUUUCGAUGUGUGGUGGCUUAGCUGAGCCGUCUAACUUUGAAUGGCAAGAAACACUUUCACCCGGUGAAGAACAGCGUCUUUCCAUUGCAAGAGUUCUGUACCAUCAACCGUCGUAUGUAUUUCUGGAUGAAGCCACAAGCAGUCUUUCACUUGACGCUGAAACCGAAGUGUAUUCUCUCUUACAGGAAUACAAGAUAUCGUACAUCUCUAUUGGACACAGACGGUCACUGGAGCAAUUUCACGAAUGGGAGCUACGUUUGAAUGACACAGCUAGUUGGGAACUAGUACCCAUCAGGGAAAAAUCGUCCUAG